AUGAACUUCUUCUCGAAACCCGACCCAAAAGGUUUUUUUCUUUUCAUAUCGUUUAGAGGUUUAAUUUUUCAGAGCAAAUGCGAGAAAACAAACGUGAUUUGCGUAAAGCAAACCGGGAGUUGGAAUCGGAUCGAAGAGGGAUGGAAAGGCGAGAGAAAGAACUGGUCAGUUACACGAAUAAGUUUUCUUGCAGUUUAGAAAGUUUCCAGGAGGCAGAAAUUAAGAAGUUGGCAAAGCAAGGUCACACAGACUCAGCCAAGCAAUUAGCGCGACAGCUCAUUCAACUCCGCAAUCAGAGGACGAAAAGCGUCGGGAUGAGCGCCAAAAUCAGCGGCGUACAGGCUCAACAAACGUAAUUUUUUUUUCUUCUUAAAAAAACUAAUAUUGCAGUUUUGAUAGAAAUUUUCCUUUUCAGACACCUUCAUAGCAUGUCGAAGAUGUCGAAUGUGAUGGGUCAGACGGUAAACGUGAUGAAGACGAUGGAGAAGCAGAUGCCGUUGGACAAAAUGGCCAAGAAUAUGCGCGAUUUCCAAAUGGCGCAGGAGAAAAUGGGCCUCACCGAAGAGGUUCUCUUCAUUUUUGUUGAUUGACUCGAAAGGGUUCAGAUGAUGAACGACACGUUGGACGCCAUCAUGGACGACGGCGACGAGGCCGAGCAGGACGCCAUCGUCAACCAGGUCCUCGACGAGAUCGGCAUCGAGACCAACAGCAAGGUUUCAACUUUUUUUCAGUUUUAGAAUUAAUAUCUACUAUUUUGAUUAGUUCAAAGAAAGGAAAACAACAAUUCCAGUAUAAAAAAACGAGUAUGGUUUGUAGGUUACUUUUGUUAGUUUCCAUGAAGUAAGAUUAAGUAAAAACUUAAAAAGAUAUAUUGAUAAAAUAACGUUUCAGUCGAAGAGAAAGUUUUGCAGAUUCCUGAUUUUUGGCACCUCCCAAACCUUUCUAUCAAGCUCACGAUAUAUUGACUUGAAAAUAAUGUUAAAAUUUUCUAUGAUAAAUUUUUUCGGAAUUUUCGGAUACAUUUAUUGAAAUACAACUCUCACAAGGCUAUAUUUCGUGAAUUUCAGCGUGGUUAUAUCUAUAUCAAAAUUUCAGCUUUCUUCGCUGCCAGCGAUGCCGAAAAGCAUGGGACAAGAAAACGUAUCACUCGACGACCUCGAAAAACAGCUGGGGCGAUUGAGAAGCUGA